AUGACUCAACACAUGUUCAACUCGAUUGCAACCUCGGAUUCACCAAUCCUGAUUGUUGGUGGUGGUCUGGGCGGCCUAGCACUUGCUCAGGCACUACGAAAGCGCCAGAUACCCUACAGAAUCUUUGACCGAGACUCGGCGCCUGACAGUCGAAGACAAGGUUGGAACAUUGCUCUUCACUGGAUCAUUGCAGACUUUGAGCGCCAUUUCCCCAACGAUCUCGUCCCCGUCGAAUCCGUCUCCCAUAUGUACGAACAUGGCUACCUGAGUGAAGGUGCUAUUUUUGACGGACUUCAUGGAAAUGAAGUUCAGCGAUUCGGUGCCAAAACAGGAAAAGAUUUUAUUCGCGCCGAGCGACCCAAGCUCCGUGCUUGGCUCGCAACCAACAUUGAUGUAGAAUGGGACAAGAUGUUCUCCCGGUUCGAAGAGGUGGACAAGACGGUCAAGGUGUACUUUACCGACGGCACGAUGGCUGAAGGGUGCAUGUUGAUUGGUGCUGAUGGAGCAAACAGCCCAGUACGAUCGCAGCUCCUCGGGCCCGAAAAGUCAAAGCUAGAAGUUCUUCCCAUGGAUGUCUAUACCGGGGAAUUGACACUCACAAAGGAAGAAUAUCAGGGCCAAUGGGCACGCUUUGCGCGGUCGCUCUAUAUCGUUCAGUCGCCCGAAGCGUACCUCUUUGUGGGUCUGCGCAACAUCUCAAGCGAUGGCAACUUUGCGCAAUACUAUUGGAUGGUUUUCCGCCAUCACACUGAAGCCGAGAUCAAGUGUGGCCAUUCAACUAAGGAUUGGAGCAAGGACAAGUUGCUUCAGGCCGCGCGCGAUACCGUCGAGAAACUGAACCCGCAGUUUCGUGAACUGAUUCACAAGACCAACCCUGAGGGCAUGGUCCAGCCUCCACUCUACAUGGAAAAGUUUUUGCCAUCUCCUGAAGGCUUUGGCGGAAAACGGGUCACACUGUUAGGUGAUGCGGCCCACAAGAUGCCACCAUUCAAGGGAGAAGGAGGUAAUCACGCCAUGAAGGAUGGCAUGCAAUUGGUAGACUUGUUGGAUGAGGGCUGCCCUGAUAUCUAUGGUCUGAUACAGCAGUACGAGCUGACUAUUAUUGGCCGUGGUCGUGAUGCUGUAGAGAGCACCUCGUUCGCUGCCAUGAAUUGGGUCCAGGGCACGGCGCACUCGGCCUGGCAGGAUAAGUUGGGACGAUAG